GGAACAACGAAGCACGACCGGAAGAAGCACAGCCCUAAACAACUACACUAGCCGCCCAGCAUGCCCAGGCCACACGUACAACACUAAUAUGGCCACCGGCAAACAUCUACAACACACUCACCACUCCUCACACAAGGCGCUCGACAACGGACUGAGUUCACCCCCACACGACCGGAGAAACAUGAACUCCCAUCGAGAAGGAUCCAACACUGUAUGGGAACCCCCACCGGCAACCGAUAAGUGGACUGACACUGCCACACAAUGGACUCUCCCCAGAAGAAGAGAGAAAUCAAAAGC